GCGCCCACCGCGGCCUUCGUACAUCCCGUCCCUGGGCCGGUGCUUAAGCCGCCGUAGCACGGGGGAGCGUGUCCCCGUCUAUGGUUCGUGUCUCUCUGGUUCUGCGGGCCGUGCCCCUGCCUCCCUUGUCCUGUGCUCCGCGGGCUGCUGGCAUUGGAUAUUUGAGGCGGAACGUUCCUGGGUGAGCAGCCGGACGCCUCGGAGAACCUGCUCGUACCUGCCGGUGCUCCGCAGCUAGGGCCGUGUUUUGCCGAGGAAACUCUUAUUUUUACCUCGCUGCUGCCCCGCGAAGAACGCUAAGUCGGGGAUUCUGGACCAGAGUGUUUUGUUGCUUUUUCCUUUUUGUUUUUUUCUUCAUCACUUUAAUGCGGAUUUAAGGGGAUAAAAUCUGGUGCAAUCAGGGUCCAAGAAUAGCAUCGUCCACGUUUCCUCGCUUGUGCCGAGUGCUCAGAACGGCUUUCGCAUGUGCUCCUGUACACGGGCGGGUCUGGAGAUGCCACUUUUCAGGGUGGGCAGCAGGUGUUCCCCGCGGCGGCGGGUGUCGAGGCUCUUCCCGUAACCGCUUCGAAGCCGGAGACAGGAGAUAGGCGAGUCUGACUGGGCACAGGCUGGGCAGUGGUAGCUCCGAUUUAGAUUGGUAGGCACUGAGUGCCCUAACCGGGAGGAGCUGGAUUUCUUAAGUUGCAGGAAAGUGAGAACCUGAGUGGUUUGCAGUUGUGGAAGACAGCAAGUCUGAGCUCCCUUUGUGUUUGCCUGGUCUUGAAUCCCAGGGUGAAGGUUUCUCUCCACGGUGCAUGGACGGAAAGCCAAUGCGCAGGUGUACCAGUACUCGACCAGGAGAGACCGGAAUGGACGUGACCAGCCGCUGCACACUGGGAGAUCCUAACAAGCUGCCAGAGGGGGUGCCGCAGCCCGCUCGCAUGCCCUACAUCUCUGACAAGCACCCUCGACAAACUUUGGAGGUCAUCAACCUCCUGCGGAAGCACCGUGAGCUCUGCGAUGUGGUGCUGGUAGUGGGUGCGAAGAAGAUCUACGCCCACAGGGUGAUUCUGUCUGCCUGCAGCCCUUACUUCCGAGCCAUGUUCACGGGGGAGCUGGCAGAGUCUCGGCAGACAGAAGUAGUGAUCAGAGACAUUGAUGAAAGGGCCAUGGAACUGCUGAUUGACUUUGCGUACACCUCUCAGAUCACUGUGGAAGAGGGAAACGUCCAGACCUUGCUGCCAGCUGCUUGCCUCCUCCAGCUGGCUGAGAUCCAGGAGGCCUGCUGUGAGUUCCUUAAAAGACAGUUGGACCCUUCCAAUUGCCUGGGAAUCCGAGCUUUUGCUGACACUCACUCAUGCCGUGAGCUGCUGAGGAUUGCUGACAAGUUCACACAGCAUAACUUCCAGGAGGUAAUGGAGAGCGAGGAGUUCAUGCUGCUCCCUGCCAAUCAGCUCAUCGAUAUUAUAUCCAGUGACGAGUUAAAUGUUCGCAGUGAAGAGCAGGUGUUCAAUGCAGUAAUGGCCUGGGUGAAAUACAGCAUCCAGGAGAGAAGACCUCAGUUACCACAGGUCUUGCAGCACGUCCGUCUGCCGUUGCUGAGUCCCAAGUUUCUUGUGGGAACAGUGGGCUCUGAUCCACUUAUCAAGAGCGAUGAGGAGUGCCGGGAUUUAGUGGAUGAAGCUAAAAACUAUCUGCUGUUGCCCCAAGAGCGGCCACUGAUGCAGGGACCGAGAACCAGACCACGCAAACCCAUCCGCUGUGGAGAAGUGCUCUUUGCAGUGGGGGGCUGGUGUAGUGGAGAUGCCAUUUCCAGCGUCGAGCGCUACGACCCUCAAACCAAUGAGUGGCGAAUGGUGGCUUCCAUGAGCAAAAGGCGCUGUGGCGUUGGAGUCAGCGUUCUGGAUGAUCUCCUCUAUGCUGUGGGAGGCCACGAUGGUUCCUCUUAUCUUAACAGUGUAGAAAGGUAUGAUCCAAAGACCAAUCAGUGGAGCAGUGAUGUGGCCCCCACCAGUACCUGCAGGACCAGUGUUGGAGUAGCAGUUCUUGGAGGCUACCUCUAUGCUGUGGGUGGUCAGGAUGGUGUCUCUUGUCUCAACAUUGUGGAAAGGUAUGAUCCCAAAGAAAACAAAUGGACUCGAGUGGCUUCCAUGAGCACCAGGCGGCUGGGAGUUGCAGUGGCUGUGCUAGGAGGCUUCCUCUAUGCUGUGGGCGGCUCUGAUGGGACAUCUCCUCUCAAUACUGUGGAGCGCUACAACCCCCAGGAGAACCGCUGGCACACGAUUGCGCCCAUGGGGACCAGGAGGAAGCACCUGGGCUGUGCUGUGUACCAAGACAUGAUCUAUGCUGUGGGAGGCAGAGAUGAUACGACAGAGCUCAGCAGCGCUGAGAGAUACAACCCUCGAACCAACCAGUGGUCUCCCGUCGUGGCCAUGACAUCCCGCCGGAGUGGAGUUGGCCUUGCUGUGGUGAACGGACAGCUGAUGGCAGUGGGGGGUUUUGAUGGCACAACGUACUUGAAAACCAUUGAGGUGUUUGACCCAGAUGCUAACACGUGGAGGUUGUAUGGUGGGAUGAACUAUCGGCGGCUGGGAGGAGGAGUAGGUGUUAUCAAAAUGACACACUGUGAAUCCCAUAUAUGCUCUGCUAUGCACGGUCUAGAGCCAGUGUAACUCUUGGCCGGUGACUCUUUCUAUAGAACAAUAUGAAUGACUUCUGGGAGAGUGUGCCCAAUGGGAGACCACGUUGUCAGACUCCAGGGGACUGCUGGACAGGAGUAGAAGGGUUGCUUAUGUCCAUGUUUUUUCUAAGUAGCCUACAUUUUUGUAUAAAGCAAACUGUCAAAGGUGCCGCAGCACAGACGGUGCUGCCCUAGAGCCCACACGCUACCCUGGGGGUCUGGCAGGGAGGGAGGGGCGUUCUGCCUCCCCUCUUGCUAGCGUGGCAGCUGGGUGAUGGGCAACAGAGAAAAGUGAUACAGCAGACACUGCUUUUUGCCUUAUUUACAGAGAGCUUCAACAAAGUACUUGACCUGCAAGGUGCCACCUUAGCACAGAAGCUUUUCUGUGCACAGAGUCUAUUUAUUUUCUCAUUUAACUUGUGCGUUGUGUUUUCCCCGUAUGGCUCACAGUGAUGAUUCCAGCAGUAUGUGUACAUGUGUGCAUAUAUAUAUGUGUUUUUGACAUAUAUAUGUAUAUGCAUCUCUGUGCAACUCGAGUGUUGACCAGCUGGUGCUUAGGGCAGGGCUGUGUCCUGUCAGCUACUGUGGUUCCAACAUUUGUGGUAUGUUCUAGGGUCUCUUAGAGUACAGGAGAGCUGUGAGGAUGGGUGGCCUGAAUAUCUUUUCAGUCUUGCUGGAAGCAAGAAGUAGAACUGGAACUCUCAUCUAUCAACUGAAUCAGUGAAGUGCCCAAAAAGGGUGAGAGUGAAAAGGAUUUCAAAUGAUGCCUUUUUACUGUACAGUGUAUGGUAAAAAAGUUUGGCUUUUGUCUCUCCCCUCUGCUGUAUUUGAACCUACAACCAACCAGUUGUUGCUUACUCUCUAAAACCUUUUUCUCAUGUUGCCUGCUAGAUACCAGGUCCUGCCUGAAGCUGGGAUGCAGGUAUCUGUUAAUUCCAGCUAGCCUAGAUCAACGUGCACUUCUCAGGUUCUUGCUAGAGCAGCAGCAGCAGCCCUGCAGAGAGCUCCUGCUGAAAAAAAGCUUAGACCAGCAUCAUCUUAGCUGCCCUCCACCUCUUGUCUGUGUCUUUAGAACUGUUGUACAGCAGUGCCUGUGAUGAGGCCAUGCCCUCCCUUUUAGUGAUUUUUAGGCACUUUGCCUGUGUUUUACAUCAGGGAAAGGUGUGAGGCUCAUUAAAAAGUUUGGAGGGAAAGGACUGUUUGCUGGCACUGUGAGUAGCUGUCAUGUUUCAGUGACUGCAGGGGCUCCCAGGGGUGGGAGUGGGGAGGAGGAAUUCCAGCCUCAAAGGUUCCAAUGUGUUUGUACUGUAAUUUCUAUCUGGUAUGAAAGAGUGACCUUUUGCACCCAAUACCACUUUCAGACCUUACUAAAUCUGAACUUAAGAGAGUAGGAGGACUGUAAAUCCUCCAGGUGAAAAAGGCAGCGCUGACACCUUAAAUUCUUUAACUCCAUAGUUUGAUUUGUGUCACUCAGAUUUCCAUGUGCUUGAAUAUAGUGAAAAGGACAGGACAGUCAAGGAUGGGUCAUUCAGACUUUUUUAAAAGCCCCUUUUGCCCUAAAGGUUGCUGUUCUUGUGUUUACAUAUGAAGAUCAUUUGCACCUUUACAAGGAUAACAAGUGUUCUGUAAACAAAAGUUUACAUGUAUCAUUUAUGCUUUUUUCUAGCAUGAGUAACUUGUAUAAAUAGUGCUAUCUUAAUAAAUUUCUUUUAUGCUC